AUGCCUCUCUUCGCCCGACUCUUGGCUCUUGGCCUCGCCGCCGCCUCCUCUGCUGUCGUCGAAGCCUCGCCGCAGUGGGGGAGGCCUGAGGGACGUCCGGACUGGCCGGAGGGACCUGCCACAUGGCCUCAACGACGUCCCGACUGGCCUCAGGGACGUUCCGAAUGGAGAGGAGCCGGUCAGAGCGCUGGCUCUCCAACAUACAACUACAUUUUCCAAUUUCCCCUCCCCAUCCCCGCCGUUGCUCAGCCUGCCUUCACCGAGACCAUCAAUGGCAAGACUGUCCAGUACUACGAGACGACCGUCUCGUCUUUCCAGAGGCAGAUCUAUCCCAACUUGGGUCCUGCCAACAUGAUCGGCUACAGUAAGUCGUACAUGCAAGUCUGGUAGCGAAAGCUGCUAACGAUGAAUAGACGGCACCGCGCCAGGGCCGACCUACAUGAUCCCAAGGGGCACUGAGAGCGUAAUUCGAUACCUGAACAACGGCAAGCAGACAGCUUCUGUCCACUUGCACGGCUCAUACACCCACGCAGUAUGGGACGGCUGGGCCGACGACGAGCUCCAGGUUGGCCAGUGGAAGGACUACUACUAUCCCAACUCGGAAUCCGCUCGUACCAUGUGGUAUCACGACCAUGCAGAUGGCCACACCGCGGACGAUGCCUACUACGGUCAGGCUGGUUUCUACAUCGUUACCGAUCCAGCCGAGAACGGUCUUGGCCUCCCAAGCGGCAAGCAUGAUAUCCCACUGGCGUUGAACGACAAGAUCUACCAGUCAAAUGGUGACUUGGCCUCACCUGAUGGCGAUACCGUGGGCUUCUUCGGCGACAUCAUCGAGGUCAACAACCAGCCGUGGCCAUACCUCAGCGUCGAGCCCCGCAAGUAUCGUUUCAGGAUGUGUGACAUGGCGCUGAGCCGCGACUUCGACCUCUACAUCGCCGACCAGAACAUGAACCACAUCCAGUUCCAGAUCAUUGGCUCCGACAGUGGUCUGUUCGGUGCUCCAGUCAAUGCUAAGGACGUCACCAUCUCGAACGGUGAGCGUUACGAGAUCGUCGUUGACUUCUCUGGCUUCAAGGGCCAAAACCUCACCCUGAUGGAUGGCAUGGCCACUACGCAGAUCCCGGAAUUCGACAAUACGGACAAGGUGAUGCGCUUCGUGGUGGGCCACACCGUCAGCGAUUCGUCGAACAAUGCUGUCCCCUCGACUCUGAACAGCAACAUUCCGUGGCCUGCGCAGCGAUCGACCAUCGACCACACAUUCAACUUCCAGAUGGGCGGAGCAGCAGAAUGGACCGUCAACGGCGUCAACUUCGACGACCCCAACAACCGUGUCCUCGCCCGUCCACCCCAAGGCACCGUCGAGCACUGGCAAUUCCGUCACACCGGCGGACCAGCCGUCCACCCCGUCCACGUCCAUCUCGUCAACAUGCAAGUCAUCUCUCGCACCGGUGGCGCGCGCGGCCUCAUGCCCUACGAGGCCGCCGGCCUGAAAGACGUCGUCAUGCUCGCACCAGGCGAGAUCGUCGACGUGAUGGCGAUCUACGGCCCCUGGAACGGAAUGUACAUGUUCCACUGCCACAACCUGGUCCACGAAGACCACCACAUGAUGGCGGCCUUCAACACGACCCGCCUCGCCGCUCUCGGCUACACGUUCGACAGCACCGAACAGUUCUCCGAUCCCUUGGAUCCCCGCUUCGCGCCCAAGGCUUACAAUGCCGCCGACUACUCCGACGCGGCCAAACACAGCGCCGUCUCGUCCCUGGUCGCGCUGAGCGCGUAUGCACCCGCGUCGUCUCUCAUGGCGGCCGAGGCGGCAUACUACGCCACGGCCGGCUACCACGGCGAUUCCAUGACCGCAGUGCAGACCGCCGCGCCCUCCAGCUCGGGCUAUGGCUUCGUACCCGCCGGCGUCAAGCCCACUUCGACCGCUCUCAUCCCGCGAGAGACAGGGUCUCCUUUCCACGCAUGA